GGCGAGAGCCAGGCUCGGGCCCAGGCGCAGGCCCAGGCCGGGCGGGCGCGGCCGUAGCGGGGGCGGCAGCUCAGGAAGCGCCGGCCCGCGGCCCUGCAGGCCCGGAGCGGCCGCCCGGGGGCCCGACGGCCUCAGGGGGCGCGGUGACCGGCCCCGGCGCGUGCCCGCCGCCCCUCCCCCCCGCCGCGGGCGGCCGAGCAACUUGCGGCCAAACUUUCCCCCUGGCCUCCCGCGCUCGGAUGGCAGCCCGCUAAGUUGGCCGCAGCCCUCGGCCGAGCGGCAACCGGGCCAGAGGGCGCCCCCUGCGCAGCCUGGGCCGGGCCAUGGCCCGUGCUCCCCCGCCGGGGCCCCAGGGCGCCGGGGCGCGAGUCCCCGGGGCCCCCGGCCCGCACCUCUAGUUGCCCCCCCGGCCCCAGGCCCGGCCCCGCGCACGCGUGGGAAAGUUGGCCUGGAACCGGCCCGACCAGUUCCGCCCGGGCGCGCGGACCGGCCGCAGGAAGUUACUGCAAAACUUUUUUGGGGGGUGCAGUCGGGUGCCCCCCGCGCGCCGGGGCCGGAUGCGCACCGGGUAGGGUCUCCCGGGCCGAAAGGGGUGCCCCGAAGGAGGAGCGCGGAGGGGGCGCCCCGGCCCCGCUGCCCUGGGGCUAUGGCCAUGGUGACCGGCGGCUGGGGCGGCCCCGGCGGCGGCGGCGGCGGCGGCGACACGAACGGCGUGGACAAGGCGGGCGGCUACCCGCGCGCGGCGGAGGAAGACUCGGCCUCACCCCCCGGGGCUGCCAGCGACGCUGAACCGGGCGACGAGGAGCGGCCGGGGCUGCAGGUGGACUGCGUGGUGUGCGGGGACAAGUCGAGCGGCAAGCACUACGGCGUCUUCACCUGCGAGGGCUGCAAGAGCUUCUUCAAGCGGAGCAUCCGCCGCAACCUCAGCUACACCUGCCGAUCCAACCGUGACUGCCAGAUUGACCAGCAUCACCGGAACCAGUGCCAAUACUGCCGCCUCAAGAAGUGCUUCCGGGUGGGCAUGAGGAAGGAGGCGGUGCAGCGGGGCCGGAUUCCGCAUUCGCUGCCCGGCGCGGUGGCAGCCUCCUCGGGAAGCCCUCCAGGCUCGGCGUUGGCGGCGGCCGGCGGAGACCUCUUCCCGGGGCAGCCGGUGUCGGAGCUGAUCGCGCAGCUGCUACGCGCGGAGCCCUAUCCCGCGGCGGCCGGGCGCUUCGGCGCGGGCGCAGCGGGCGCUUUCGGCGCCGGGGGUGGCGCGGCAGGCGCGGUGCUGGGCAUCGACAACGUGUGCGAGCUGGCGGCGAGGCUGCUCUUCAGCACCGUGGAGUGGGCGCGCCACGCGCCCUUCUUCCCCGAGCUGCCGGUGGCCGACCAGGUGGCGCUGUUGCGCCUUAGCUGGAGCGAGCUCUUCGUGCUGAACGCGGCGCAGGCAGCGCUGCCCCUGCACACGGCUCCGCUGCUGGCCGCUGCUGGCCUGCACGCUGCACCCAUGGCCGCUGAACGCGCUGUGGCCUUCAUGGACCAGGUGCGCGCCUUCCAGGAGCAGGUGGACAAGCUAGGCCGCCUCCAGGUCGACUCGGCCGAAUACGGCUGCCUCAAGGCCAUCGCGCUCUUCACGCCUGAUGCCUGUGGACUCUCAGACCCAGCGCAUGUGGAGAGCCUGCAGGAGAAGGCGCAGGUGGCUCUCACCGAGUACGUGCGUGCUCAAUACCCAUCGCAACCCCAGCGCUUUGGGCGCCUGCUGCUGCGGCUCCCGGCUCUACGCGCCGUCCCCGCCUCCCUCAUCUCCCAGCUGUUCUUCAUGCGCCUCGUUGGCAAGACGCCCAUAGAAACGCUGAUCCGAGACAUGCUGCUGUCGGGAAGUACCUUCAACUGGCCCUAUGGCUCGGGCCAGUGACUGGACGGGGCUGGGUCUGCAGACCUUAAGGGGCGCGGAUGCUCAGGCUUCCAGUGGGCGCCCCCACCCCAAGCCGGGGGGGGGGGAAGGACCCCAGCUUCCCUCCUCAGACUCCUAUUUUUUAAAGACUGUGAAAUGUUUUGUCUUUUCUGUUUUCUAAAUGAUCAUGAAACCAAAAAGAGACUGAUUGUCUAGGUUCCAGCCAAGUCUUCCCCAGAACCCCUGGUCAAGACGAGGGGCGGGACUGAGGGUCCAGUCCCAGGACAGCCUUGUCUCUCAGUGCCCUAAGCAUGGACUCGUGGUGGGGUCAGCUUCUCUGGUGUGAUGGACAAAGUCCUGGCCUCUGGAUUGGAGGGGCAGCUGCAGUGGGGCAGGGGUAGCGUGUCCCGGGUGAAUCCUCUGGACACGUAAUCCACGUUGGACACUACAUGAUGAAUGAAUCAAGGCCAAUAAUAAAGAAGUUUCCUACCUGUA